AUGUCAACCAACCAAUUACCAACUUUACAUUAUUUUAAUGGACGUGGAAGAGCUGAAGCUAGUAGACUUUUAUUUAGUUUGGCUGGUGUUGAAUUCAAUGAUGUUAGACACCCAUAUCCAUUGCCAGCUGAUAGUGAAAUCAAAGGAAAAGCAACCUACAAACAACUUCCAUUCUUUGUUGAUGGUGAUUUCGAAGUUGCCCAAUCAUUGGCUAUCGAACACUACAUUGCCAGCAAAUACAAUUUGGCCGGUGAUACCUUAGAAGACAAAGCCAAGGUACUCUCUCUCUCUCAGGCAGCCAUUGAUAUCGCAAUGGGAAUCUGGUCGAGCGACACCGAAGAGAAGAAGCUAAAGUUCAAGAAUGAAACACUCCCAAUGUUCCUCACUGCAUGGGUCAAGAUUUUGAUCGAUAAUGGUGGACAAUUCUUUGUUGGCUCUAAAUUGAGUGCUGCCGAUGCCAAUGUCUAUUACACUCUUGAGAACCUCUAUGCCAAGAAUUUCAAAGAAGUCGUUGACAACUUCCCAGAAUUGGUCAAAUUUAAAUCAACUUUUGAAGCCAUUCCAUCUAUCGCAACUUAUCUAUCAAAGAGACCAACCGAUUUAUUAUUUUAA